CAACUUUUUGUGUUUACAACAUUUGAAGCGGUUGCACUUACAGGUUUAUCACUAAAAGAUCAUGCAAAACAAACUCCUUUUAUUUGCAUGGAUUUUAGUUGGGUUCUCUUCCUUCUCUGUUUCAGUUGAAGUCAUAUUUCAUUUGAAUUGAAUGAGUUCCUCCUGGUGCCUGUCAGUCCUUGAAGAUGUCUGAUGCUUGCACCUCUGAACCUGCAGGAGCCAUCAAGGCCAUUGACAAGCAGUCAGUGCAUCAGAUCUGCUCAGGACAGGUGGUUCUGACUUUGGCCACUGCUGUCAAAGAGCUGGUGGAAAACAGCAUCGAUGCAGGGGCCACCAAUGUUGAUGUCAGGCUGAAGGAGUGUGGAGCUGAACUAGUGGAAGUGUCAGACAAUGGCAAAGGAGUAGAUGAGGCAAACUUUGAAGGACUGACAUUAAAACAUCACACGUCUAAGCUGAGGGAUUUCUCCGAUCUCAUCCAUGUGGAAACAUUUGGCUUCAGAGGUGAAGCCCUCAGCUCUUUAUGUGCUCUGAGCGGCCUGAGUGUGGUGACGUGCCAUGAAUCCACUCAGGUGGGCACCAAGCUGGUGUUUGACCACAAAGGCCACCUGGUGCAGCAGUCCCCUCAACCCCGACAGCAAGGCACCACCGUCAGCCUGCAGCAGCUCUUCAACACCCUGCCUGUUCGCUACAAGGAGUUCCAACGCAACAUUAAGAAGGAGUAUGCCAAAAUGAUACACAUCCUGCAGUCCUACUGUAUCAUCUCUACAGGAGUGCGGAUCACCUGCUCCAACCAGAACGGGCAGGCGAAGCGCAGCACCGUCCUCAGCACCAGUGGCUCCCAGAGCAUGAGAGACAACAUAGGGGCCAUAUUCGGACCAAAACAGCUACAGAGUAUUCUGCCUUUUCAGCAAGUGUCUCCAGCAGAAAAUGUGAUUGAAGAAUAUGGACUGACUGUUGCAGAUCUACCCAAACAGCUGUUUACCAUGACAGGGUUUGUGACCCGAGCAGACCAUGGUGCUGGGAGGAGUUCAACAGACAGGCAGUUCUUUUAUGUUAACAACCGGCCGUGUGAUCCUGUUAAGGUGACCAAACUUGUAAAUGAAGUGUAUCACAUGUACAACAGACAUCAAUAUCCCUUUGUUGCCCUGAACAUAGCUGUUGCCUCAGAGUGUGUGGACGUGAACGUAACCCCAGACAAACGACAGAUUUUCCUUCAGGAGGAGAAACUCUUGCUGGCUAUUCUCAAGACCUCUCUCAUCAACAUGUAUGAGUCGGGAGUCAAUAAGAUCAGCCUGAACUACACGCUGAAACCAAGCAUGAAUACAAAGUCUGCGUCUGGAAUCAGUCAGGUUGUCAACUCUAAUGGGAAAAUGCAACAAUCUGCAGAAAAAAAGGAUCAUGUGACACGCUGCCCAAAGUCAUCUGUAAACUUAGCCGCUCUAAAAGCUGCUUUUUCAAGUGGUCACAACUCAAGCGUGGCAAAAGCAGCCAACAGUGGCCCGACACAAAAAACACUGCAGACGUUUUUCAAGGACACCGUCAAAUCUCCUCCGUGCAACUCCAGUGUAAGAUCUCCUUUGAAAGCCACAAGAGAUUUAGCUGAAUACUCUCCUGUGGGAAAGUCAGUGCUCGAUGGGUUCAGGUACGGAAAAACGUCAUGCAGUAACGCCAAUGCUAAAAAAGACAGCGCUGUCACUGUGCCAUCACCAGAUAUUGAGGUUUCUGGACUGGAGUUCAGAUCUUCGGAGCCAGACACUGACUGUGUUAAAGAAGAAGAAGAGUCAGAUAAUACUCAAACUGUUCCUGAGCCACACACUUCCAAUGAGGACUGUCCUGUGAGCCCCAAUGCUAAGAGAGCCAGGAAAGAGAAACCACAUUCACCAACAAAACAUGAAUCCAACACUUCUUCGAAAUCUUCCUCGACGGUGGAUGCUCCAGUGCGCCUACAGAAGAGGACGGUGAACCUCCAGUUUUCUUUACAAGAUCUGGCAGGGAAGGUGAAGAGGAUACAGGAUCUGCAGAGACAGAAGGAUGAUGAUGAGCUGCUCUAUCGACGCUUCAGGGCCAAGAUCAACCCCGGAGAAAACAACAGUGCAGAGGAAGAGCUGAAGAAAGAGAUCAGUAAAGACAUGUUUAAGGAAAUGGAGAUCAUCGGCCAGUUCAACCUGGGCUUCAUUAUCGCCAAGCUGAACUCGGACAUCUUCAUGAUUGACCAGCAUGCAUCAGAUGAGAAAUACAACUUUGAGAUGCUGCAGCAACACAAUGUUCUCCAAGGACAGAAACUCAUAGUACCUCAGAAGCUUCACCUAACUGCUAUCAGUGAAAAUGUGCUCAUGGAGAACAUAGAGAUUUUCAGGAAGAAUGGCUUUGAGUUUUUUGUGGAUGAGGAAGCUCAGGUCAUGGAGAGGGUAAAGCUGGUAUCUCUGCCCACCAGUAAAAACUGGACUUUUGGCCCCCCCGACAUUGAAGAGCUGAUCUUCAUGCUGAGUGACAGCCCGGGGGUUAUGUGUCGACCGUCCCGCGUCAGGCAGAUGUUUGCCUCCCGAGCUUGUCGGAAAUCUGUGAUGAUCGGCACUGCUCUGAGUGUCAGUGAGAUGAAGAAGCUCCUGGUUCACAUGGGGGAGAUCGAGCAACCCUGGAACUGUCCUCACGGCAGGCCCACCAUGAGACACCUCGCCAACCUGGACAUGAUCUCACAAGACUGACCAAGACUGUCCAGGAAUCAACAGUGACUUAAAAUAACUAGAUACAGAUCAUUUAUGUUAAACAUCACCCCUGCACCUAUUCACACAAGUGCAAACCAUAGAUACUGUAUUCUUGUAUGGUUAACCUUUUUGCUGUUUAGUGUUUAGUUUUUUUUAUACCUGUUGUGUUCUGAUUUUAUUUGUAUUAACACCCAAUUCAUGGGGUAAAUAAACAAGAU